AUGAGCUACAUAUCCGGCCAACAGGGCCCAUUCGACGACCAGAUGCUAAGGAUCGGUGCAUCAGACAACUACUUUCUAUCACCACCACCGUACGGUGGUGGUCCAGAUAGUACUGGUACUAGUACCAGUACCAGCCAUAGCCAUGGCUUAGGCCAUGGCCCUGGCUCUGGCUCUGGUCCUGGCUCUGGCCCAGGCAUGGCCAGUGCCAGUGCCUCAGCUAUAUCGAUGGACAGCGAACUCAACCUGAGUUUCUUGCAGCACCCGGGGCUCGAUGUGCACGUCAAAGAAGAAGACCAAGGGUUCCCAGUACUUAUGGGAGGCCCGCUUUCCAAUGGCAUGGCCAGGGGCCAUUCCAUGGUGGAAUCCGUACCGGAUUCCAUAACAGACUCGAUGAGCCGUCGCAACAACAAUGGCGACUCGUCAUACACAUCGCCAAUGUCGUCGGGCCAAGGCCAGGGCCAGGGCAAUGGCUCGGCCAGCCAGACGGCUGGCCAAGGCCAAGGCCAAGACAAAUCCGAGUCAUCCGGAAUGAAGGCGGAUUCAGAGGAGGAACAGAUCCGCAGGAAACGUGCGAUGAACCGUGCGGCCCAGAAAGCGUUUCGCGAGCGGAAAGAGGCCCGUGUCAAGCAGUUGGAGCAACAGUUGAAGGAUUCGGAGCGCGACCGCGAGCAGUUGCUGAGCGAGCUCGAGGACCUGCGCAAACACAACAUCGAGAUGCACGCAGAAAACAGAAUUCUUCUCCAGACGAAGUCGGCGGGGAUGCCGGGGGUGCCAGGGGUGCCAGGGCGUCUGCCCUUGGCCCAGGGACUGGGCCAGGGUCAGGGCCAAGGCAUUAGCCAAUCCAUACCCCAAGACCUUGGCCUUGGGGCUGGCCCCGGCACCUGCCCCACCAAGUUCACGUUCCCAUCUAAAAGAGACUUUGUAGAAGAACUCAUCGACCUCCAGGACCAGACCUACGACGCAGAAACCGUCUCGCGCACACAGCCCGUCAACUACUCCCACGACGGCCAGGAAAUGAUGACCAUCUCGGCCACCUGGGAGUACCUCCACAAGGUUUCCGAGCGCAUCGACUUUGACUUGUCGCUCGUGAUGUGCAAGUUGAAGGGCAAGCAGGUUUGUCACGGCAAGGGGCCAUCCUUUUAUAAGAGUGAUGUGGACAGGUACAUCCAGGAGGCCUAG